AUGCACAAGACGUUUGUAACUCUAAAGGGAUUCAGUAGCAUGUACGUCGAGCGGAAACAGUUCCCCUUGACGCUAACUGAGGGACUAACUGUUCAUAAAAGCCAAGGUUCCACGUACCCGUCGCUGGCUCUCUGCUUAGAGAAAUGGUUGUGUAAAAGUCAUUUAUAUAUCGGUUGUAGUAGAGCAACCAAAUCGUUCGGGCUGUUUUUAUUCGGUAAUAAAUUCACGGUUCCUGUUAGAACGCAAAAGGUCGCUGCUUGUGAUAAGGAAUUGGCAUCGUUAAGAGGCGACCCCGAUCGACAAUUGGACAUGAUUGUGCGUGACAUGUUACGGAACUAA